ACUGUGCUCAGCUGAUAGUAGAUAUAUAUGUAUACACUGAGCAGACAUUUCAAAUGUAAACAUCAUGAUAUAAAAUAUUAUCAAAUAAUCUUAUAUAUGAAGAUUUUCAAUAGUGAGCAAGCAAGUGCGUGUGAUUAAAUUCACGAAGCAAAUAGACAUAUCGAUAUAUUUCAACAUAACAUUAUAUCAAAGCAAAAUGGAUUAUGAACGGGAACAUCUCGUCAACACACCCGUUCAGAACAAUGUGACAUUUGCUGACCAGGGAAAGCUGCAGUUGUCUCGGCAGGUUUAUACCCAAGAUGCCUACGACCUUACAUACCCCGCCCCGGAACGCCCAGAAUUCAGUAUCGCUCGGAAAAUCAAGAAGAAAUGCAUAUGUUCCACUGCAGACGUUUUUAGAACCGUACUGGCUUACUUUCCACUAAUAAACUUUGCCAGAACGUACAAAAUGAAGGAAUAUAUCCUUGGCGAUUUCCUUGCAGGCUUGACCGUCAGUUUCAUGCAUCUGCCAAUGGCGAUGGGCUUUGGUAUUUUAGCUUCUUUGCGACCAAUCCACGGCCUCUACAGCACGUUCUUUUCCGUUUUCGUCUACAUGAUUUUUGGAACAUCCCCUCACAUUUCUAUCGGAACCAACGCCGUAAUGGCUCUUCUAACCGCAACUGUGGUUGAUAGAGAAGCGGACACCUUUACUGCUGCUCGACAGGCUGCUAACGAAUCUAUGCCAACUGCUGACGAAAUCAUGGAGGUUAAGAUUGGCACGUCGAUGGCUUGCUGUUUUCUUGCGGGACUAAUCCUUAUGGGUAUGGGUCUUCUCAAGCUUGGGGUCAUUACUACAUACCUGUCGGUGUCGUUCGUCGGAGGGUUUUCAACUGCCGCUGCCAUACAUAUUGCAUCUAGCCAAGUACCAAGGGUAUUCGGGAUCAAGGUACAAACGUUUGCAGGCGCCGGUAAGCUAGUUCGAAUGUACAUAGACUUGUUCAGUAAAAUCGCACAGACAAAUGCUGCAGAGAUUAUUAUUGCACUUCUGUGUAUGAUAACUUUGCUAUUGGUGAAACUGUGCAUCAACGAACGAUUCAAGGACAAAAUGAAAAUGCCUGUCCCGAUAGAUCUGAUUGUAGUAAUAUUGGGAACGAUAAUUUCGCAUUUUGCAAACUUCAAAGAAGUGUUUGACGUGAAAGUUGCCGGUGAGAUACCGACCGGUUUUACCUCGCCAGGUCUUCCAAGGUUACAGAAUGUUGGAAGUUUUGCUAGUGACGUUUUUGUUAUGGCGGUCCUGUCACUUGCUAUGAGCAUAUCGAUGGCGAAAUUGUGUGCCAACAAACAUGGAAUUCCUAUUGAUGAUAACCAAGAACUAUUUGCUUACGGGGCAAGUAAUUUCGUGUCAGGAUUUUUUCACAGUUUUCCCUCCGCAACUGCUCCACCAAGGACAAUGAUUCUAAGUACCCUAGGGGCCAGAACCACGCUCAAUGCCAUACCAACAUCUGUGUUCAUACUUCUUGUAAUUUUAGUUAUAGGACAGUUGUUUGUAUCCCUACCUUUAUCAGUACUCGCAGCUAUGAUCAUUAUAUCCAUGAAAGAUCUUUUGUUGCAGUACAGAAACUUGCCACGCAUUUGGAGAAUUAACAAAUACGAUUUUGUUAUCUGGGUUGUUACAAAUUCCGUAAGCGUCUUAGUUGACCUGAAUUAUGGGAUCAUCGCUGGAGUAGGGAUUUCCAUAUUCCUUGUCAUCUUUCGAGAUCAGUGCGCCAGCGGUAAAAUAGUUGCACGUUCAUCACAUGAGGAUAUUCUAGUUAACGUGCGAGGAUGCAAGCAGAGCUCAAACUUAAGGAUUUUUAAAGUUCCUACCAAUUUGUAUUUCGCCACUGCCGAGAGGAUCAAAGCUCAAAUCUACAAACACAUCAUCGACCCACACACGAGGAAACAAAAGACAGCAGACGUUAAGUAUGGAACCGUGGAAUUCAACGGAGAUGUUGCUUAUAAAGAAAAGGGUGCUUCGAAAAAUGUUGAAUGUGAUGCAGCAGCUGGUAUCGAAAGUGACAAAAUCGAGACAAUUUUGAUUGACCUAUCUUCUGUGGAUUAUGUUGACAUGGCAGGCAUGGGAGUUUUACAGCAGGUGACUAAAACAUACAAAGAUAUGGGGAUCAGUGUAUGCCUGACUGGUGUGCAACGUGGUGUCGCUGAAACGCUGGAAGCUGGGGACUUCUUCGAAACAUUUCCAAGAUCUGCUGUUUAUUAUGACAUUUUUGAUGCAUUGGAGGCAAACAGAGAGGAUUCAAAAUCAUAAUGUUCCGACAUGAAUUUUGUCUGUGAUGGUCGUUAAUAACUUAAUACAAUUGUUGAACGAUAUUUUCCAUGUUCUUUAAACGGUGCUCAUUGUUUUGACAACACAAAGUAAACUAUUGUACAGUUAUGAUUAUAUGUAUUCAUAAUACAAUGUACAUUUAAACUGUU